UCCUCCUCAGGGGGGAUGGUCCUCAAACAGAACCGCCUCCCUCUAGAUCUGCUGGCUGUGAGGCCCAGCCCCCACCCCUCCUUCCUCCCUCUGAUCCUGAGUCACCUUUUCGGAUUUUGGAGUUGAGCACCAUGGGGACUCCAAAUGAUCAGGCAGUGUUGCAGGCCAUAUUCAACCCUGACACCCCAUUUGGAGACGUUGUUGGGUUAGACCUAGGAGAGGAAGCACAGAAGGAAGAAGCAGAUGAAGACGGAGUUUUCCCUCGAGCACAGCUGGAGCAGUCCAAGGCCCUGGAGCUGCAGGGGGUGAUGGCAGCAGAGGCUGGCGACCUCAGCACAGCCCUGGAGAGGUUUGGCCAAGCCAUCAACCUGCUGCCUGAGAGGGCCUCAGCCUACAACAACCGAGCCCAAGCCCUGCGACUCCAGGGAGAUGUGGCAGGCGCCCUGGAGGACCUGGAGCGCGCCCUGGAGCUGAGCCGAGGCCGGGGCCGCGCCGCCCGCCAGGGCUUCGUGCAGCGCGGGCUCUUGGCGCGACUGCAGGGCCGCGACGACGACGCCCGCAGGGACUUCGAGCGGGCGGCGCGGCUGGGCAGCCCCUUCGCGCGGCGCCAGCUGGUGCUGCUCAACCCCUACGCCGCACUGUGCAACCGCAUGCUGGCCGACAUGAUGGCGCAGCUGCGCGGGCCCGCACCCGGCGCCGAGCCGGCCCGCGGGCGACGGGAGGGGGGGGCCGCCAACCAAUAAAGCUGCCAGCUCGUACCGAGUCCCGCCUGUGUCUGCGU